AUGAUAAAAUGGCCGUUGUUUCUCGGAUCUGUUUUUUGUAAAAUCCACCAUUUGGAGCUCGAGGAUGAUACUCGGCUGACCAUUGAUUUGUCUUCAUUUGUGUACAACGAACAGGGAUUCCUUAAUCUCACGUUCGAAUUAUUUAAAAUUGAUGAGGAUGAAUUCCGAAAGAAAAGGGCGGAAGAUGCUGAAUUUCAGCAGCUGCUCAACGGGGAGCUUCCCCAACUUGGAUUUAUUUUCGAGCGACUGAACUCGCGAGGAAACGUUAAAUAUGAACAAAUGGCUGGGGAUCCGACUGUUGGGGAAAAAUGUGCUCUUAAUGAACCGUCUAAAGAUCCUGAUGUUUUGAGACAGAUUAUUGCGCUGAAUUUCGAGCAGAAAAGCUACGGAAGCAAGGAGAAAACCUACGACCACUUGGUGAUGAAAUGGAAUACGCUUGAAGAACACGGAAUAAGUCUUCAAGUUCACGAUAAUUUCGACCCGAACCACGAUAUUGAAUCAGAUACAAGAAAGCGAAGAGAGGAUGAUGAUGGCGAAACAAGUAGACGAGAUGAUACAUCUACGGAUGAGCGAGACAUCUCACAAGACGGAGUUGAAAUUAAAGACGUUCUCGCCAUGAAAUAUAGAUUCACGAUGACCUGGAGCUUCAGCAAGAAAGAAACAAACGGAUUAUAUGAGUUGUCCUUCCAUAAUUGCUUCAAUAGAAAGCGGGAGCUUCUUCCUGUGAACAUUGACAUGCAUUUAACUGAGAAGAAUGGUGUUCAUUAUCUUGGAAUGGGCGAAGUACAGUUUGCCAUGGUUUAUGGCUUCAUGGCCAUUCUUUUUCUUGUUGCCGGCUUCCUCUGGCUCGGAAUCCUUCGACAAAAAGAUAACACUGUAUUCAAAAUUCAUUAUUUGAUGCUGGCUCUAGUCCUGUUUAAAGCUCUCUCGCUCAUGUUCCACGCUCUUGAUUACCGAUUUUUGGAUAUUGAGGGAAAAUCAGACGCUUGGACUAUCAUUUUUUACAUUGUCCACUUGUUGAAGGGAGCUGUGCUGAUUGUAACACUGACGCUUAUUGGAACUGGCUGGGCGUUUAUCAAAUACGUUCUGUCUGAAAAAGAAAAACGGUUGUUUAUGAUUGUUAUUCCUCUUCAAAUCCUCGUGAAUAUUGCAUUCAUUAUUCAUUACGAAGCAGAGGAAGGAACUAAGCCUUACAGCAACUGGUCGAGUAUUAUGAUUUUGCUGGAUAUGCUUUGCUACGCGUUUAUCCUUUUCCCAGUUUAUUGGAGCAUACGACAUUUACAGCAAGCUUCUUUGACCGACGGCAAGGCACAGAGAAAUAUGGAGAAGCUAGAGUUGUUCAGAAGUUUUCUCACCAUGUUUGUGCUUUACAUCUACUUCACGAGAAUGGUCGUGUACAUUAUGCGAAUCACUGUUCCUCCUGAAAAAUCAUGGGUUGCCGAAUUCUGUAACGAAAUGGCCACACUCGUAUUUUUCUGCGUCACAGGAUGGAAAUUCCGUCCCGGCUGCAACAAUCCCUACUUCAAAAUCGACGAAGAGGAUAUGGUCGAAAUCAAUACGAAAAACGCCCUGACUGAGAAUGUUUCAAAUAGAAAGAAAAAUAAGGAGGAAGCAAGAAAUUUACUGGAAUCAGACUCUGAAGAGGAAACGAUUCUCGAUGCCAAAACGAUUGUUUGA